ACAGGAUGGCUCUUAGGUGCCCGUGGGUCUGGCCUAUUCUCCUUUUAUUUCCUGCGCUUGUGAGAAGCAAAGACCAAGGUUCCUCCAGAUAUCCAGUAAAAAUAGCCAGCACUGAGGAGUUGCGCCAGUUCCUUGAGGACUCUGAAGUGGCAGUCAUUGGAUUUUUCAAGGAUGCUAAUGCCACUGGCACUGACCUGUUCAUGAAGGUAGCCUCAGAAUUGCCAGACUUGCCCUUUGCACUCUGCAGUGAAUCCGAUGUGUGGGAAAGGUACCACAUAAACAUCAGCACUGUUUCUAUUUUCAGAAAGGUGGACGACAAGCAUGAAGCUCUGGAGCUGCAUGAUGGGAGGACAGUGGAUGCAGAGGGGCUUCUGAGAUUUAUCAGGAUGAAUGAAUUGUAUUACCUAACAGAAUAUAAUGCAGUGACUGCCGUUGGUAUCUUUAAGUCAGAAGUGGUCAAUCACUUACUGUUGCUGGCUGACAAGAAAUCACCUGACUUCGCUCAUCUGAAAAAGACAUUUCGAGAUGCUGCUCCUAAAUAUCAAGGCCGGGUCUUGUUCGUACUGGUUGAUGCUACCCUCACUUCAAAUGCUCGAGUCCUGUCAUACUUUGGCCUGCAAUCAAAAGAUCUACCAGCAGUAGGUCUUUACAACACCAUAAAAGAUAAGAAGUGGCUGAUGCCUGCCGGAGAGAUCAGCAGAGAACGUGUGCAGGAAUUCUGCAACAAAGUCCUUGCUGAAUUAGAUGAAGCCUCUGAGAAAGACGAAACAGAAGCAAAAACAGAGCUUUAGAUGCCUUUGCCAUUUUAAAAGAUCGUGUCAUUUUUCUAAUGUUGAUUUCAGUAAUGUGUGUUUGCGCCUUUUAUAUACAAAAACAUGUUUAAGUGCUAAUUGCAGAAAAAUGAAAAAUGAUG